GCAUCCAAAGAUCAACUGAACCUAGAACAUAGAUACAGAGACACUUGUCAUCAGGAAGGUUCUCUCUCAGCACAACGGAAAAUAUCUCAAUGACUUGACAUGUUCUGGUUGUGAAUUCAGGCUACAAGGGGUCAGUGCUCUAAAAUGAGUCUCUCUGGGGAGAGAGAGGAGGGGGACCCUGCCUCUAAAAUGAGUCUCUCUGGGGAGAGAGAGGACGGGGGCCCUGCCUCGAAAAUGAGACUAUCUGGGGAACAUGACACCAAAGCUAAGAGACCAAUCAAGCAGGAGAGACCAGCCUCCCCUGUUCCCAGCUGUGUGUCCAUGAAGAGUGACUGGUCUAUGGAUCAACCUAUACAGUUUAGAGAGGGAGACUUUUCUACUGAACAAAGAAACCAACAGGAGAGAUCAGAGUCAGAGAUUCUCAGUGGUCAGUCUUCCCAGAGUCAUCAAACAGACCUGGCCUCCAUAUUCAGUUUGCUUGAAGAGAAUAUUAUGACAUUUGUGAAGAACGAGCUGAAGAUGUUCAAGAGGAUUCUUAGUCCAGAACUCCCAGAAGGCUUUGAGAGUCAGAAGCAGGAAGUGGUGGAUGCUGAAGAUGAGAAGCAGGAGAGCAGUGCCAGAGAGGGGGCUCUGAAGAUCACACUGCACAUCCUGAGGAAAAUGAACCAGAAAGAGCUUGCUGACACACUGGAGAAAUAUGAGCUCGCUGUGAUUUGCCAACGUGAACUCAAAUCUAAUCUAAAGAAGAAGUUUCAAUGUGUAUUUGAGGGGAUUGCUAAACAAGGAAACCCAACACUUCUCAAUAAGAUCUACACAGAGCUCUACAUCACAGAGGGUGGAACAGGAGAGGUCAAUAAUGAACAUGAGCUGAGACAGAUUGAGACAACAACCAGGAAACAAGAAAGACCAGAGACUCCAAUCAAAUGUAACGACAUCUUCAAACCCUUAACUGGACAAGACAAACCUAUCAGAACUGUGCUGACAAAGGGAGUCGCUGGCAUUGGAAAAACAGUCUCUGUGCAGAAGUUCAUUCUGGACUGGGCUGAAGGAAAAGCAAAUCAGGAUGUCCAAUUUGUAUUUUCAUUCCCUUUCCGGGAGCUGAAUUUGAUGAAAGGGGACAAAAACACUUUCAUUGAACUUCUCAAUCACUUCUCAAUGGAAACCAAACAAUCAAGAAUCUCCAACUACGACAAGUACAAAGUUCUGUUCAUCUUUGAUGGUCUGGAUGAGUGCCGACUGCCCCUAGACUUCCAGAAGAACAAGAUCUGUUGUGGCGUCACAGAGUCAACCUCAGUGGACGUUCUGCUGACAAAUCUCAUCAAUGGAAAUCUGCUUCCCUCUGCUCUCAUCUGGAUAACUACCCGACCUGCAGCAGCCAAUAAGAUCCCUUCAAGGUGUGUUGACCAGGUGACAGAGGUACGAGGGUUCAAUGACCCACAGAAGGAGGAGUACUUCAGGAAGAGAUUCAGUGAUGAGGACAUGGCCAGCAGAAUCAUCUCACACAUAAAGACAUCAAGGAGCCUCCACAUCAUGUGCCACGUUCCAGUCUUCUGUUGGAUUUCUGCAACAGUCCUUGAACACAUGCUGAAACAUAAGAGAGAAGAGAUCCCCAGGACUCUGACUGAGAUGUACACACACCUUGUGGUGUUUCAUACCAAACAGAAGAAUGAAAAGUAUCUUGGGAAAGAAGAGACAGGUCCACACUGGAAUAAAGAGAGCAUUCUGUCACUGGGAAAACUGGCUUUUCAACAGCUCGUGAAUGGCAAUCUGAUUUUCUAUGAAGAAGACCUGAAAGAUGCUGGCAUUGAUGUCAAUGAAGCCUCAGUGUACUCAGGAUUGUGCACACAGCUCUUUAAAGAGGAAUGUGUGCUGUACCAGGACAAGGUGUACUGCUUUGUUCAUCUGAGCAUUCAGGAGUUUCUGGCUGCUGUAUAUGUGUUCCUCUCAUUCAUCAACAACAAUGAGAAUCUAAUGGACGAACUGCAAUCAACAUCCAGGAACUUUUCUGUGAGGAUCAAACAAAGGCGUAAAGUUGCUUUCUACAGGAGUGCUGUGGAUAAAGCCUUACUAAGUGAGACGGGAAACCUGGACCUUUUCCUCCGCUUCCUUCUGGGCCUCUCACUGGAGUCCAAUCAGAAGCACUUACGAGGUCUACUGACAAAGACAAGAAGCAGCUCACAGAGCCAUGAAGAAACAGUCGAGUACAUCAAGGAGAAGAUCAGGGAGAAUCCCUCUCCAGAGAGGAGCAUCAAUCUGUUCCACUGUCUGAAUGAACUGAAUGACCAUUCUCUAGUGGAGGAGAUCCAAAGCUACCUGAGAUCAGGAAGUCUCUCAAAACCCUACCUGUCACCUGAUCAGUGGUCAGCUCUGGUCUUUGUGUUGCUGACUUCAGAAAAGGAGCUGGAUGUGUUUGACCUGAAGAAAUACUCCAGAUCAGAGGAAGGUCUUCUGAGGCUGCUGCCAGUGGUCAAAGCCUCCAGAGCUGUUCUGUGAGUAAAUAAAAUGACAUUUAAGAACUAAUCAUCAGGAAGAAAUAUUCAGUUUAGAGAAAAAAAGUAUAAUAAUAUG